CACGAUGCUCCGCAUCACGCUCCUUGCCUUCGUUGCGUCGACUGCGCUCGCCGCCGAGCCCAUCAAGAUCAACGGCUGGUACUCGUGCAACGCCAAGACGUUUGCAACGCCCGUCCCGGACACGUCGGUGACCGCGGACCUCCCAGCCUUUAGCACGUCGGCCUUCUCGGCCGACACCAACGUUCUCCGAUCUGUGCUCCGCCCCAUCGAUGCGACUUCGAUUCAGAGCCUUGCGUUUGCAAGCACCAGUGCGUCGUCAGCGACCACCGAGUGUGCCGAGUUUACGCUCCCGCUCUGCUAUGAAGGUGCGUGCAAUACCGCCGGUUCGAUUCCCGUCUUUGUCAAGCGCAUGCGCGCGACGAAGCGAACGUCGUCUACCAAGGCGCUCUGGUUUCUUCAAGGCGGCCCUGGCGCGUCCUCUGUUGCGAUGGAGUCGCUCAUGACGCUGCUCUACUCGAUGCUCAACGGCGCUGUCGACGUCUAUACGAUGGACCACCGAGGCACGGGUCGCAGCUACAAACUCACGUGCUCAGCGUCCCAGAUUGAGACGUCGGGCAGUCCCACCAAAGGCCAAGUGCUCAACAGCGUACUCUCGACGUGCAUCAAGGACAUCAACAUUCAGAUUGGCGCCAACGACACCAAGGCGCUUCGGUCCUUCUCGACGACAUCGGCAGCUAUGGACUUAUCGACGUUGAUCUCAGCGACCGAGAACGCCAACACGUUUGUGUAUGGUGUGAGCUACGGCACGUACCUUGUCGAGCGCUUAAUGCAGCUCGAAAAUGCCAACAUCAAGGGCUACAUCCUCGACGGGAUCGUCGCCAACUCGGGCAGCAAGGAGAACAAGCUCACGGUCUUUAACGACUGGGACAAGGAAGUCGACGAAGCAGCGCAAACGUUUGUCGAUUUGUGCAAAACGGAUACGUAUUGCAGCAGCAAGUUUCCGACGCUGGACCUGCGCACGACCAUGGUGACAAUGUACUCGACGAUGGACCGGAACCCCAAGAGCUCCAAGUGUGCAAUGGCACUCUCGUCGUCAUCCAGCACACCGUCGGCCGUGCUUCGGUCGCUCUUCUCCGACCUCCUGCAAAGCCAGAGUCUCCGUGCUCUCAUUCCGGCGCUUGUCUACCGUUUCAACCGCUGCAAUCAAGCCGACAUUCUUGCGAUCGCCAACUUUGCCACUCAAGUUCAAAACAUGGGCAACACGCAGGACGAGUCGGACGGUUUCGAGUCGACAAUGCUGUACAACCUCAUUGUGGUGUCGGAGCUCUGGCGGACGCCCACGGAAUCCUACGACACACUCAAGCAAACGUUCACGAACACACUCAUCGGCAGCAACAUUGCGAGCUUAGUGACCACCUACUGCAUUGCCAGCGGCGGCAGUGACCCCAAUUGCAUCAACGAGCGUUCACCGAGCAACAGCUACAAGUGGCAGUACCCGCGCGAUACCUACUAUGACGUGCCGAUCACGAUCCCCAAGGGCACGAGCGUCUUGCUUCUGAGCGGGCUCUUGGACCCGCAGACCACUGCGAGAGGCGCUCGCAACCAGUACGACAGCUUUAUCGGGUCGGCCAAACGCCUGGUCGAGUUCAACUACUCGGCCCACGGUACCAUCGUCAACACGCCCGUGACGAAGCUGGGCGGAGCUCCGUGCGCGGCCCAGCUCGUCGGUUCGUUUGUGACAGUCGACGGUGAUGUGACGGCGCUCGACACGAGCUGCCUCGCGGCCGUUGCCCCCAUGAGCUUCCAGAUCAAGUCGUCGUUGGCGCAAACACUCAUGGCGACGUCCGACAUUUACGACGGCACGCCCACCAAGCAGUACAAGCCCUCGUCGACAGCGCCGCCAGCCGACAAGGUCAGCGACGGGUCAGCGACGACAGCAACCGACGAUGCGAGUGCGGGCGUGUCGUCGGGCUACCGCACCGCCGCGAUCGUCGGUUUUGUGUUGGCGGCGUUGCUGGCCAUUGGCAUGGUCAUCGUGGUGCGUCGGCAGCGCAAGCAAGCCGCGGCGACGACUAGCAUUUACGUCGAGCCCAUCGAGCAUUCGUCGGCUCCUUGAUGUAAACUAGUAGAUCGUAGAGCGACACGCUGAAGCCCGUACACUAGUAGAAAAUAUGAAUUCUCGCACACCUCGAGUUGAAACGAUACCAAACCUGCUCGUGCG